CUGGGAAAGAGGGCUUGGGGUGGAUGGGCUGGCAUGGGGCGCUGUGGGGAAGCCAGUGCUGCUGUGCCUGCCUGGAACAGAUGUGACUCCAGCACACACCAGGUGUAGCAGAGAAAAUUAAAUACAGGAACAAAGCAAACAGAAAGGGUGGGGACAGGAGGAACAGAUGCCACAGUAGCACCUCUGCUGCCACUGCUGAACUCAGCCAAAAGCAAGGUGAAAAAAAUGCCUGAGCUUGUCCCUUCUUUGCCAGAGCAGAGCACAAAGUGGGGAGCACUGCGGGGUGGGAAGGGCUCCAGGAGUGCUGGCAGGACAGGGCUGAGCUGGGGCCAGUUGAAGCGCUGGUGCUGGCAGGGCCAUGUGGCCGAGGUCAGCUGUCACCAGCUGGUCCCAGAUCAUGCUCUGAGCUGCACCUGCCAAGCUGAGCCCGGCUGUUCUGUGGUACAAGGCAGAGUGAUUCCCCCGUGGGGGGGAAUCAGUGGGGAGUGAGGCCCUGAGGCAAACUCACAAGACAUUGCAGGUUUUGCUUUCUGCUCCCUGAGCUGAGUGCUUCAGGAUUGAAAGAAACACAUUUUAUGGAUCUUGUGCCAAAACUCGGGGCUGUGUUUCUGAUAGCAAUUUCCCUUCCUCUGUCCAGUGCUGGAAUUGUUUUUGUUGUUCUAAUCCCCAGGCUCAGAGACUUCAAUUGUAGUGGAGCCUGAGCUGCUUUUCAGGCCAGGAGCAUCUUUGUGCUCCAUGUCUCUGUAUUUAAUUAGACCAGUUCAUGAAGAUCAAUGUGAUGUUUUCCAUGUUGAAGUAGGAUCGUGUUCCAGGAUAAGACGUCAAAGAUCAUCCUGUUUAAUUUUGCUUCCCUUUUUACUUCCAAAUCUAAAUAAUUUUUUUCUCUUUUUCAAUUCCAAUACUUCAGAGGAACUUUUACUGCCUACUUGCAUUUCCAGUGUCCUGUUCCCUGUUCCUGUCCCUGCCUGGCUGUGUCAUGGGGCUGAAGGCUGAUGUGACAGCACAGAGCAGGGGCACAGGGGCAGCUUGUCCCUCAAAGGAUCAUCUCAGACACUGUGGAGGUGGAGGUGGUGCCUGCACCUCAUCCCCUCUAAAUCUGCACUGUGGGACUUGAGGGAUGAGCUGAGAGGUCAUGACCAUCUCCCUUCCCUGGCUGUGACAGCUGACAGCCAGGGCUGCUGUAUUAGCCUUUAACGAAGGGCUGGUGCCAAGAGCAGCAUCUGGUGUGGGGAUACAAAGCCAGUACAAAUCCUGCAUGUCUGCACCUUCCUGUCCCAUCAACAGAGGGUAAAUUGAGGCAAGUUUGUGCUUUUUCCAGUUUGCUGUCAUGGAUGUCCUUCCAGGAAACAGCAUCCUCCAGCAAAUGCAAACAGCUAAUAAGAACAGAAUAAGGGAAAAGAGAAGUGCAGAGCUAGAAAUAGUUCCUUACAUAAAGGACUAGUGCCUUAAUCUCAUUAGUGUCUUAAGGAGCGGGCACUUGGCCGCCUCCGACUGGUGGGAUGCAAACCUCAAUCUGAUCAGCAAUCGGCUUUGGGACCCCAGCAGGUGCCACGUGGCACUGGGACACAGCUGUGCCCCUCGGGCAGCCACUCCGCUGCCCCAAGCUUGCAGCAUUCGUCCCAGUCAGCAUGUGGCCAGUGGGAGCGUUCCCCUGAAGCCAGAGCUGCUGUCCUGUGGCCCAUAACAGGAGUCACCACUUUGGAAGGCCGGGCACCAUGAGGCAGCAGUGGACCAGGCGCGCGAGCCUCUCGGCCAGCCUGAAGAUUGGGGAUCACCGGGGCCGCUGCCGGACCCCGGAGGAAGAGGAAUACUACAUCCCAUUUGCACAGGACAGCCUGAUAAGGCAAUGGAACUCCAUGCAGAACGUGGCAGAUGGUAACCAGGAGAAGAGCCAGACUCCCAUCCAAAGGAACAAGUAUCUGCUCAACAUUAAUGUGGGUGGCAAAUUGUUCCAGAUAGCUUACAAGGUACUGGCCCGGUAUCCCAUCACCCGGCUUGGGAAGCUGGCGCUCUAUACGGACCCCAUGAAGAAGCUGCAGCUCUGUGAUGACUACUUGGUGCAGAAGAAUGAGUACUUCUUUGACAGAGAUCCUUCAAUUUUCCACUACAUCUUCCACUUCUACCGCAGUGGGGUCCUGUGGGUGAUGGAUGAGAUGUGCCCCAGUAACUUUGUGGAGGAAAUUGAGUACUGGGGAAUCCAUUUGAAAUACUCCCAGCGCUGCUGCCGGAUCCUGUUAGAGGAAAAGCGAGAUGAACUCAGUGAGUACCUGAAAAUAGAGAAGCAGCUAGAGGCAGAACUGGAGCCCCUGGAGUCAGGGACACAGUUUGAUGGCAAGUUUCUGGGUCGGUUUCGGAAGAUGGUCUGGAACCUUAUUGAGAACCCGUACUCUUCUGUCCCAGCCAAGAUCAUUGCUGUCAUGUCGAGCUUCUUUGUGCUUAUCUCCAUUGUGGGCAUGACACUGAGCACAGUGGAGGAGAUGAAAAACAAGACAGGGAAAAUGUGGAUGGAGCAGAUGGAGAUGAUCUGUGCCAUCUUCUUCACCUCUGAAUACCUCAUGCGGCUCAUAUCCUCCUCCAGCUUCAAGAAUUUUCUGCGGGCAGCGUUUAAUGCUGUAGACCUGGUGGCCAUCCUGCCUUUCUACAUCCAGAUCCUCUUUGAAAAUCUGGAUGAUGGAGACAUGCAAUACCAUGAGGAGCUGCACAAGGUGGAGAAUGUGAGCAAGCUGGGCAAAGUCCUCAAGCUCGUCAAGCUCAUGAGGAUCUUCCGCAUCCUCAAGCUGGCACGUCACUCCACUGGCCUCCGGGCCUUCAGCUUCACCAUGCGCCAGUGCUAUCAGCAGGUUUGCUGCCUUCUCCUCUUCAUUGCCAUGGGGGUCUUCACCUUCUCUGCUCUCAUACACUCGGUGGAACAUGAUGUCCCUGGCACUGACUUCACCAGUAUCCCCUGCGCGUGGUGGUGGGCAGCGGUCAGCCUCUCCACUGUGGGCUACGGAGACACUGUGCCUGACACAAUACUCGGCAGGAUGGUGGCAUUUUUCUGCAUCUCCUUCGGCAUCAUCCUCAAUGGAAUGCCCAUCUCCAUCCUCUACAACAAAUUUUCUGACUACUAUGCCAAGCUGAAGGCCCAUGAGAUGAGCCAGUCACUUCAGCUUUCCAGGAGGAUCCACCUGAAGAAGCGAGUCCUGCAGAAGUUCUCAGAGUGCUGGAGAGCUGACCCCCGCUAUUACCGCUGACCACAGGCUCCCCACGGCCCAGACAUCCCCUGUCCUGGCCAUCCUCCCAGGUCCCGUCCCCCAGGGAGGCUCCAAGCUGUGGGCAGAGUCACAACAGUGCUGGGGCUCUGCUGCUGCACAGGGGUUGCUCCCAGCUGGGACCUCUCUCACUGCUGGACCAUGCUGUCCCGCAGAGCAGUCAGUCGGGGCUGUACGGCCAGGGCAGGAUGUUUGUCUGCCAUGGGCUGAGGCAAGGGGCACCCUGACAUCACGGGGAGUGAGGGAUGGGACUGGACUGUCACCUGUGUGAGGCAGGUAGCCCAGUGUGACUCAUGUGCAGGUGCUGCUCCAUUUCCCACUGAGUGGGACACACCCAGGCUCCCACUGCCCAGGGCCCUGUGACUCCCUCCCAGCCAAGCAGCCCAGGCCUACUCCAGUGUGGGGAUUUGGGUGAAGGCCCAGAGGAAAGGCUCACAGCCAUGCAUCCUUCCAGCCAAAUCUGCUCUUCUUCCCACUGCCCUGGAGUUUGGGUCCUGACUUGGGGUGCUGCUGUGAUGGGACCCACAGGCACUGUAGGCUACAGAGCUUGCAGCCAGAGCACCCCCACAAACAGGAUUUAAUAACCAGGCCCAAACCUUCAUUGUCAUGGAUUCUUGUCCAGCCACUGUGUGUGAUUCAGUAAACUGCUCAUCAUUUGGAGUGAGGAGAAGACAUCUCCCCAGGGCUCACAAGUCCAUCAGUGCAGGGACAGAGCUCUCAGAGAUGCAGACAAGCCUGUCCAUGCAUUAGUUUUGGAAUGAGGUACCUGGGCCUGGUUGCAUUGGAACUGGAGCUGGGACAUGCAUAUGAUCAGGACACACCUGUUGGCUCUGCCCUGUGUUCACAUCAUGGGAGGCAGUGGGGAACAUGUCUGGGGGGCACAGGGCAAGGAUUUGUCCUCCAGUGUGGGACCAUGUCCAGUGAAAGAGCCUCCUGAAGGGAUAUACCCUUCCCUUGAGUAAGAUGGAGAGAGGGACCUUGGGCUGUGGGAAAGGUUGGCAUGGGAAGGGCCAAGAGCUGCUGGUGCUGCUUCCAGAUGAGCAGGGGGAAGAAACUGGUGCCAGCCAGGCCAGGCUGCAAUUCACUCACUUGUGAGCUGGAGAUGCAGAGGUGCCAGGGGACUCCUGGUAUCAGCCUGGGACUGGGGCCAAGGUGCUGAUGUUGGAAACUUGGAAAGAAACUUGGAGGAGCUGAGUGCUCUGGCAGGGACAGCCACACUCCUACUGAGAGCUGGACUGCAGGGGACAAGGGAGCUGUGCCACCAGGUGUGAGGGGACCCCUGCCCUACCCACUCCCCGGUAACCCACAUUGACACCCACCCUCUGUACACCUGACCCCACAGCCUUGGGCAGCUCUGGUUUCCACCCCCUUUCUCUUCCAUGAGGAACAUUCUCUCUGGGCACAGCAGUGUCCUCUUACCAUAUUCCCCCAGAGCUCUCCUGCCCCACUGUCUUGGUUUCAGCUGCAGUAGAGUUCAUUUUCUUCCCAGUGUUUGGUAUAAUGCUGUAUUUUAGAUUCAGGGUGAGAAUAUUCUUGAUUGCACAGUGAUUUCUCAGCAGCCAAUUGCUGCUAGGAGACAGGCUGGGCACAGAUCAGUGGCUGCUGAGCAACUGGGUAUUUGGCAUCAUUUUUAUGUCUUGGGGUUUAUGACUCCCUCCUUUUAGUGUCUCCCUUUUAAUCAAAAAGGUUAUUAAAUAUUACCAUAUUUUAUUUUAUUUUCAUUAUUGAACUUUCCAUACCUCCACCCACACAUUUAACCUUUUCUUCUGAUUCUCCUCCCCAUCCCACCAGGGUCGGGGGAGAGGCCAGUGGCUGCAUGGUGCUUAGUUGCCAUGUGGGGUUAAAGCACA